GCGUGGAUCCCAGACUCGCCCUCGCUGAGACACCAUUUAAAGAUUCUCUGGCUCUGAACGCCUUCUCUCUACAUCCUCUGGUUAUUCACCUCUCGCUUCCAACUCUCUCUUUCUUUUACAAUACCAUCCCCAGACCCCAUCCAUUCUUUAUCUUUCCUUGAAGUUUUUGCCUCCAAGAAUCUGGUCUCUGCCAGUUACCCAACCAUCGUCAUGGUGAACUGGAAGAACAUGGAGUCGACCGAUCGGCUCUUUGGGGCUCUCAUUGCUGCCCACCCCGGGAUCAAAUUGGAUUAUCAAGGCAUGGCCACCUAUUUCGGACAAGGAGCCACCUACGACGCCAUCGAAGGCCGAUUCCGACGGUAUCGCAAGAUGGCCGAUGAGCUCAAGACCGAAGCUCUCGAACGCGGCAUCACGCAGGUCCCCCGAGGGCGAGGAUCGGCCGUGUCGACACCUCGAACCCCGCGUACCGGUCGAGGCAUCACCAAAAACACGCCCUCGACCAGGAGCAGGAAAGAUACCAAUCUAUCGAACCUGACGUCCCCCACCCGACGCGGUGCCGCUCGCUCGGCCAACCGGGGAACUAGCUCCAUGGACGCCAUCUGCUUGGACGGAGAUACCUCCGAUGACGAAAACAAGAAGGCCGACAUCAAAAAGGACGCCACGAACGGAACUGCGGACAUUCUCUGGGGGCAGAGUGGCGUGGCUGAUGUGGAGAUCGUCAGCGCGCCCGUCCCUGCCCAGCCUGUUCAGCCUGUCCAGCCCGCCGGGGCCAUGUUUCCCAAGCUCGAAGAUCGAGAAAACUCGAUCAGUACGUUUGGACGCGUCAAGCCCUCCGGGGAGGAUCGCAUCGAUCAACCAUUCCCAAGUGCGGCCCCCGCGACUGGUCUGAACCGAAGUGACACGCCUCUGGAUCACCCUGUCCUGACCGAUCUGUUUCACCAGGCAGGGCUCUUAUUCCCUCCCAACCCCGCGGGCUACUCCAUGGACGCCAUGUACAUGGAUGACAGUCUGUAUAAUGGCACGGCAUAGUGGGAGACAUUCAAAGUUUUGGUUGCGGUUUUCUCUUUUCUUCCCCAGAUCACCUUGUCAUUUUCGUCUUUUUUCUUUCUUUCUUUCUCCUCUUUUUCCCAAUCUCCUUUUUUUCUCUUCUUUUUCUUCUCCAUCAUCAUCCUUUUCUUUUUUUUUUCUUUUCUCUUUUUUAGCGCAGACUCGUCUUCCCCCUGGGUGAUACAUAACAAAUGGGAUCCUGGAAAGUGGGCUGGGAUUGUCUGCCUGCAAUCAAUGCAUUGUGUCUCCUCGAAUUCACCUAGCGGUGCAGGGAAUGUCAUUGGCGGGGAGGAUUGGUGACCUGUCACAUACUGGUCGGGUUGGGCAAUCUGCAUUUCCUUCGAAUUG